UCCUCUGCCUCCCCAUGGAUAUGCACUGCAAAGCAGACCCCUUCUCCGCGAUGCACCCAGGGCACGGGGGUGUGAACCAGCUCGGGGGGGUGUUUGUGAACGGCAGGCCCCUGCCCGACGUGGUGAGGCAGCGCAUCGUGGAGCUGGCCCACCAGGGCGUGCGGCCCUGCGACAUCUCCCGGCAGCUGCGGGUCAGCCACGGCUGUGUCAGCAAAAUCCUGGGCAGGUACUACGAGACCGGCAGCAUCAAACCUGGAGUGAUCGGCGGCUCCAAGCCAAAAGUGGCAACACCCAAAGUUGUGGACAAGAUUGCUGAAUACAAGCGACAGAACCCAACUAUGUUUGCCUGGGAGAUCCGGGACCGGCUUCUGGCGGAGGGCAUCUGUGACAACGACACAGUGCCCAGCGUCUCUUCCAUCAACAGGAUCAUCCGGACCAAAGUUCAGCAGCCUUUCCACCCGACGCCGGAUGGGGCCGGGACUGGAGUGACUGCCCCUGGCCACACCAUUGUUCCCAGUACGGCCUCCCCUCCUGUUUCCAGCGCCUCCAAUGAUCCAGUGGGAUCCUACUCCAUCAAUGGGAUCCUGGGGAUCCCUCGCUCCAACGGCGAGAAGAGGAAACGUGAUGAAGUCGAGGUAUACACUGAUCCUGCCCACAUUAGAGGAGGUGGAGGUUUGCAUCUGGUCUGGACUUUAAGAGAUGUGUCCGAGGGCUCAGUCCCCAAUGGAGACUCCCAGAGUGGCGUGGACAGCUUGCGGAAGCACUUGCGGGCUGACACCUUCACCCAGCAGCAGCUGGAAGCUUUGGAUCGGGUCUUUGAGCGUCCUUCCUACCCUGACGUCUUCCAGGCAUCAGAGCACAUCAAAUCAGAGCAGGGGAAUGAGUACUCCCUCCCAGCCCUGACCCCUGGGCUUGAUGAAGUCAAGUCGAGUCUAUCUGCAUCCACCAACCCUGAGCUGGGCAGCAACGUGUCAGGCACGCAGACAUACCCUGUUGUGACCGGUCGUGACAUGGCGAGCACCACUCUGCCUGGUUACCCCCCUCACGUGCCCCCCACUGGCCAGGGAAGCUACCCCACCUCUACCCUGGCAGGAAUGGUGCCUGGGAGCGAGUUCUCCGGCAACCCGUACAGCCACCCCCAGUACACGGCCUACAACGAGGCUUGGAGAUUCAGCAACCCCGCCUUACUAAUGCCGCCCCCCGGGGCUCCGCCCCUGCCGCUGCUGCCGCUGCCUAUGACCGCCACUAGUUACCGCGGGGACCACAUCAAGCUUCAGGCCGACAGCUUCGGCCUCCACAUCGUCCCUGUCUGA